CCGUUUCCUACAUUUUGACGCAACUUAGACUCCAUUCAUUGUUCUAAGAUCCUCUCGAGCUGCAAUGCGAUCGAAAACCUAUCGUUCAUGGGCUCAAUCGUCAGUGACUAUGGCUAUCACUGCGGAUCCCCUUCUAGUGCUCGAAGUUGCAGCGUGUCAUGACUGCUGAAGUGCUAACAGCCAACCUCAACUUCACUGAAAUGGCAUGAAUAUUCUGCUUCCUCACUCGCUCUCGCAGAUUCUCGCAUUCGAAAGGCCUAAUCAAUCUCACUACACGAUGGUGUGCCAGAGACGCGGAAUUACGGUACACGGAAACAAGCUGCACACAACCCGAUCUCAUCAGAGGGACCCACUCCUAAAGAAGUGAAAUGAGAAUACGGUCCGGGAAACAUUCGAUUCUGUCCCCUCAUCUGCUUUUAUGCGGUGUCACUCUGCUUCGACAAUCUCUCUCGAUCAAAGCACAUAUGUAAUCAUUAACAGGGGCUGUCCGCAAGAGGGGGAUGACAUGGAGUCUCCACGUUCUUCACUCAACUUUCACCACCCUCAAAAGCGCAGGCGAAGUCGAGCGCCGCUGUCCUGUCUUUUCCGACUCGAAUGAUGUUAACCCUUCCUGUCCUUUGUGUCCUUCUCGGCCUCGUCUCUUCCGUUCUAUCCUCCGUUCCCACUCGUGCGAUUUCUCUGGACAUCGAUGGGGGCCCUGUCGGCUUCCAACCAGCUGUGAAGAGAGUUGCCCAACCUGUGCCAGGUUCCGUUAUCGCACGCAGCUCUCUCACUAAUGCCCAGAGACUGGCUCGUGGUCUCCCUCCUUUACCGCCGAGCCGACGGCGAAGCGGGCAAGCGGCCAAAGCUCGUCGCUCAAAUUCUCCACCGGUCUCAAGGAGUGGCAUCAUAGCUGUCUCGGGUCCAGGUGUUCAGGGUUACCUAACGCAGGGGCAAAACCAAUUCCAACACUUUGGCGUCUCCUCGUCGAAGACGAAUGCGUUCACCGUGACGAUCAACGUCGAUUCAUCGGUUCUAUCGGCUUCCGAAAUGGACAUUGGUGUUGCUGUCGGCACCGGAUUCCCGCUCAUGGGGGCCACCUUUGGCGUGUUGAGUGAAGGUACUGCCAACAGUCUUGCGGUGGGAAGCUUCAAUUACGCUUACAUCCAGAGCACUUCCCACACGGACCCUGAUUCAACUCCGCAAUAUGUUGGCUCGUCAUAUCCUACCAGCGAGCCAUCCGAAUCGGCCAUCUGGACCUACAAUGCGGUGACCAACACCCUUUCUCCGCAAUGGAUUAAUCCAGAUGGAUCCCAACCUGCCACCGUCCUUGCUUAUGUCGGAUCUUCUAAUGCCAUCAUCAUCACUGGCGACUACGCCGCUUUCAGUGGAUCCUUUGCUACUACAUCUGGACCGGUGACCUUUACUUUUCAGCCAUCUGCGUGAAUAAUACAUGAUUGGAUACCCAAAUUUAUCGUACACUUGUAUCUGGGGGAUAUUUUACGUAUACACGCGCAAUCAGAUCUUGGACAGUGACACAGUGACCAGAUUGUCGUUCCGUGUGAGGCUCACAUUCACCCUCUCAAGUUACUGUCAGGGAUAACCGGAUUUCACCCAAUCGUCGAUCAUCGACAGCCGGGUUGGAGCUGCGCUGCACCACCGCCUGCGCAUGUGCUAAGUGUAGGCGGCGAUUUCUCAGCUGCGAGGCAACUACGCCGUUGGUAUCCGGGGCAUCAUACGCGAGCGUUGAAGUCCUGCCAAUACUACCGCAUAGCAGAAAUUCUCUGCCAGCUGUUUUUUCUGCUCCCCAGACUCUCCGUGGUCG